AAGAUCAUUCAUCGGUGCUUUAUAUGUAUUUUCAGUUAAAAAAAAACAAAAAAACAACACGAUUCCUCCUAUAACAGUUUAUCAACCUUCACAACUCUGCACUCACAAUGGCAAACAUUGAAUAUCUCCUAAUUGAUAUUGAAUUGCUCAUUAUUGAGUUUACUUCGUGAAAAUUCAGUUACCUUAUAUAUUUCUAGAUAUUUGCUGCUCCCCUUAUUGUCGUUUGGCCCGCUAUAUCUCGAUAUGGGUUACAAAACUCUGUUAGCAUUUGCCUGAAUGCGUGGGAUAGAAGAAGUAAAACCUGGCAACCCGGGUCGAGUUAUCUGAGCCAGUCAGCGGCCGUGCAGCAGCUCCGCUCCUCUCCGUGUGGCUACGUAUACACGGGCAACGAAACACUGUUGUUACAUAUUACCUGCAGUGUGCUUCGGGAUUAUGUCGGGAAGCGACGAUGACUCGGUCGACUUGAACAGAACAGGCUCCCCAGUUCAUCACAGAAAAAAACACAGCAUGGAGACAUCCAGAUCUCCAAGGAGCUCCAAACACCACCGUUCACGAUCAAGGUCACGCUCCAGGGACCAGAAACGUGACAGAAAAUACAGACGGAGUCGUAGCAGGAGUAAAGAGGCACGAAAGAGGGACUCUGAGAAGCCAUCAAAAUCACACAGAAAAACAGACGAGCGGCAAGAGCCAGAGAGACUUUCAGCAGAGAAUGGAGAGGAGCGAUCCAGACGCAAAGACAAGAGAUCCUCAAAGGGCCGGAGCUUGUCCAGGUCACACUCGCGAGAGAGGCGGCCUCACAGCAAAAGUAAGGACAAACGGCGAUCACGCAGCCGGGACAGGAAGAAGAAAGCUAGGUCUCGCUCAGGUUCAAGGACCAAACACCGUCAUCAUAGCAGAAGUCGCAGUAAGAGCAGGGACCGAAAGAAAAGGAGUGAGAAAGUGCGCAGAAAGAGUCGAAGCAGGUCUGUUAAUCCACCUGCCUUCCGGGGCCGAAACGCAGCUAUGGAUGCACAAGAGGCCCUGGCCAGAAGGCUGGAGAGAGCCAAGAAACUACAAGAGCAGAAGGAGAAGGAACUGUUGGAGAAACAGCAGCAGCAACAGCAGGAGAUAGCUGCAGUGACUGCCCCUAUUGCAACAGUCGCAGCUGCAGCUGCCACCUCAAACCCUGCCCUUAAUGUGGCAGCCCUCCUGGCCUCUGGGACCCAGGUCACACCACAGAUAGCCAUGGCAGCACAGAUGGCAGCCCUUCAAGCAAAAACACUGGCAGAGACUGGUAUCGCUGUACCCAGCUACUACAACCCAUCCGCUGUAAACCCAAUGAAGUUUGCAGAGCAGGAGAAAAAGAGGAAAAUGCUAUGGCAGGGAAAGAAGGAGGGGGACAAGUCACAGACAGCUGAGUUGUGGGAGAAGCUGAACUUUGGAAACAAGAACCAAAAUGUUAAAUUCCGCAAACUAAUGGGUAUUAAGGAUGAAGAAGAGGCUGAAGCUGCUAAACCACUUAAUGAUGAAGGCUUGAAAACUCUUCAAAAGCAGGAGGAGAUGUUUAGGAACCUUGACGUUCAGUAUGAGAUGGCUCGGUCUCAGACACACACCCAGAGGGGAAUGGGCCUCGGUUUCACAUCCUCAUUCUCACGUGGAAUGGAUUCCAUCUAGUGCCAAACAUUGGCUGUCUUGGCACUCAUCUGAUCAUUUAGGACCACCAAUUCAUCGCUAGCCCUCAAGCUUGCACGGAUGUUGCUCUGAAUCUGUAAUUUAUUUAUAGGCAAACAUCUCGCAUAUUGGAACAUUAUAAUGUAAAUAGCCAGAUGCUGAGUUUGUCUCAGUGUUUAUGAUCUGUACUGUAAUCUUUGCAAAAGGAUGCAUCAGUUUGACUGGUUGAUACUGGUUAAAAUAAGAUGUUUGUUUUGAAUAAUGUGGUAGCUUUUUUUUAACUCGAAUAUAUAUUGAUAUGUGAUUGUUUCAACAUAACCUGAAUAUAAUGUGGUUCAAGUGAACACUGUUUACAUUCAUUUAGCGAAAAGCAUCUGAAGCUUAUUUGGAUUAUCAGAAUCCCACAGAUUAAUUUCUCCUGAUUUGAAAAAAACAAAAUGGUGGGUUGUAAUACAUUUUGUCAUAUGGAAGCCAUGGAUACAAAUACGCUUGACAGGAGAAAUCACAUACUUCAAAUGUUAUUGAAAUAAAUUAGUUUUGUGUUGAAUAAGAUUUUUCAUACAUCACCUCCCGUUGUUUGUUCUUAUGCGAUAGCUGUUGUUUAUCACAUUUACGUUCAAAUUAACUUGUGUUAACAGGGCUGGGUGUUGAUAACAUUUUAAUACAUUCUUUUUCCUAAUUCCAUUCAUACAGCAAUAUAAAGAAGGCAAAAUCAUAUGGAAAUUGAGGUCAAGAUAUAUGAACUUUGUUAAGGAACUGUGCAUUACAUCAUAAAAAUAACUCAUCCAUCUAAAUAAAGUGUCACUUGUUUUGU